AUGUCGCCAACUCAAGCUAUUCAUUUACCAAGUCCGCGCCAGAUUUUAAAUGAAAAUUACGAGCAAGCAUCGUCCACCAAUUCUCUAACUUAUCAUAACAACGGGUCUGAACUACUACACCUUCCAUGGUUUUCUAGUGAUCAUGCUGAAAGCACGCAGAUAGAAACAAGGAUUUUUCCUGAUGCACAAUUAAAAGCCCAUUCUAAUCAAUUAUCUAAAUGCAAAGACUCCCAAUACAUAGUGCCCAAGCCCGCUCUAAAUCGACCUCAUUCACCCUCACCUUUGUCGAUGGAAUCUCCGAUGUCGGA